AAAUUGGAGGCAUGUCAACCAGAAAAGUACAGACAAAACACAAACCCACAUGACCAAAUAAUAAAGCCUUCAUUUUUGUCAAAUAAGCCAAUCAUGAUAUGAAGAACCCUUCAAUCUCUUCCUUUCCCAUUUAUUAUAAGUCUCUCAAGGAAAGCUGUUAUCUUCUUGCAAAGUUGCAUCCUCUUUCUUAUUUUUCUUCUGGUUUCCAUUCCUGUUCAUGUCACAGCUGAUGAAGACCGGUCGUAGCAGAGAAUAGCCUUCAGCUACUUCAGCUCACUGAAACUGAGAAACAUGUUGAAAGAGAGUCAGUUUGCUACCUUCAUGGAGAGUUGAAUGGAGGAAAUGUCAUAUGUUUGAGGCUGUCUUCCAUGAAAACUGUUCUGAUCAUUUUCAUGGUCUGCAGAAUCAGAUGGAUAGAGGUCAGGCUAUAGCAUUCUAUGUCACAAUCAGUUGCAUUGCUUUUGUCGUGUCAAAGAUCUUCAUAGCAUUGCUUCUUUACAAGCGCUGGAAAAGAAGACACAUGAUUUAUGAAGAUGGGAUAUCAGGUGGGAAGAUGGUCAUGUUCAAGUCUCCAGCAACAAAGUCCCUAAAAUCAGAUGCAUUCCUGAAGAAAACACUAAAACUAAACAACAAGGACAUCAUUGGCUCUGGAGGCCAUGGGAUUGUUUACAAACUUGCACUAAGUGAUUCCAUGACAUUUGCUGUGAAAAGACUGAACAGAGGAAGUGCAGAAAGAGAUCAAGGAUUUGAGAGAGAAUUGGAAGCGAUGGGAGAUAUAAAGCAUCGGAAUAUCGUGAUGCUUCACGGAUACUACACUGCUCCUCACUAUAAUCUCCUUAUAUAUGAGUUAAUGCCUAAUGGAAGUUUGUAUGAAUAUCUACAUGGAAGAUCAAAUGAGAAGGUUUUGGAUUGGCCAUCACGGUAUAAGAUAGCAGUAGGUGCAGCGAGAGGCAUAUCGUAUCUUCAUCAUGACUGCAUCCCACACAUCAUACAUAGAGAUAUCAAGUCGAGCAAUAUAUUGUUGGAUCAAAACAUGGACGCCCAAGUGUCUGACUUCGGAUUGGCGACGCUAAUGGAACCUGACAAGACUCAUGUAUCAACAAUUGUGGCAGGCACAUUUGGGUACUUGGCUCCAGAAUACUUCGAUACUGGGCGAGCAACGGUGAAAGGAGAUGUCUACAGCUUUGGUGUAGUACUUCUCGAGCUCUUAACAGGGAAAAAACCAACUGAUGAGGCAUUUAUGGAAGAGGGAACUAAACUUGUGACGUGGGUGAAAGCAGUUGUUCAGGAGAAGAGGGAAGAAUAUGUACUUGACAGUAAUUUGGGUCAUUGUCCGGUUGACGAGGUUAAUGGCGUGUUUAGCAUUGCAUUGAAGUGUCUCGAACCGGAACCCGCUCAGCGACCGACAAUGGCAGAGGUUGUCAAAGUGCUUGAGCAGAUAAAGGUCAAAUAGCAUUGUAACAGAUUCUUGAGUCGGUCCCUUCUCUAACAUGUAUUACACUUAUUGCGAUCUCUCACUUUUAACUUGUUUGGUGGAACCAUAUCCAAAUGUUCAUUCAAAUUAAUAAAAGUACAAGAAAAUUGUGGUUCUAUUUCAAAA